GCUUCUUUAUUGCUUCUCUAUCUCUCUCUCUCUCUCUGCGGAGUGGAACUUUUGGAUCGGCACGGGUGUGGGUGUGAGAGAGAUAGAGAGAGAGAGAGAGAGAGUGAGAGGCGGUGGGCAACGAGGCUGAGAUGGUUGAGACGAGGCGGAGCUCUGCCGCCGCAGCUGCGGGGAAGCGCAGCCCAACCCCGCCGUCUACCUCGUCGGCGGCUGCCUCCGGAGGGAAGCGCUCAAAGGUGGAGACAGGGGCGUCGCCGCCGAGGGAGAAGGAGCCGGUUAGUCUUGACGAGCCGAUGUCGGCUGCUCCUGAUGAGGGCGUUGUUGUCAAGACGACCUCGAGUGAUAGAGCCCCGACGGUGCAGAUGGAGGAUGAUCCCCUUGAGUUGUCUGCCCGAGGGCAUGUGGAGUGUUCAACGCAAUUAGAUUUGCCGACGAAACAUGCGGAAGAAGAAGGGCCGUCAAUGGCCACUGCUUGGGGCAAGCUCGUGUCGCUGUUCUCUCAGAAUCCUUCCCGUUCCAUCUGCAGUAACCUAUUCACUGUUGGUCAUAGCAAAACUUGUGAUCUGCAAUUGCGUGAUCCCUCGGUUGGCACAACACUAUGUGUAUUGAGGCAAACUAAGAAUGGUGAUGCAUGCGUUACUUUACUUGAAACUGUUGGGGCAAAAGGAGUUGUACAAGUAAAUGGAAGGACCGUUGACAAAAAUUCCAUUGUUCUGAUUGGAGGAGAUGAAGUUGUUUUCAGUAGACCAGAAAAACAUAUAUAUAUUUUUCAGCAAUUACCGUUGGAGAAACUGAAUACACCAAUUUUACAUAAUUUAUUCAGUUCUCCAGAGGCAAAGGAUGCUUCCAGAAAAGGACAUAAAUAUGAGAACAGAACUGGAGACCAUUCAGCAGCUGCUGUGGUUUCAAUGCUUGCAUCUUUAUCAACCUUAAAGAAGGAUCUAUCUGUUCUCCCUCUAUCUGCACCUAGUGAUUCUUUAAUGGACUUGGAGUUAAAUGCGAAUGCCUGCAAGUUCUUAGAGGAUCAAAGGGAGUUUGUCAAGGAUUUUGAGUUUCCAGCAAGUUCAUCAUCAAGUAGAUCCCAGGCCUUCAAGGAUGGUUUGAAACGUGGGAUCAUUGAUGCUGGUGAUAUUGAAGUUUCCUUUGAAAAUUUUUCGUACUACCUGAGUGAGAACACAAAGCAGCCUCUUCUUUCAUGUGCCUUUGUCCAUCUAAAAUGUAAAGAGUUAUUGAAGUACACAACUGAGAUAUCAUCGUUGAGCCAACGUGUACUAUUAUCAGGUCCACCAGGAUCUGAAAUAUAUCAGGAAACUUUAGUAAAGGCACUUGCUAAAGAGUUCGGUGCUCGAUUGCUUAUAGUAGAUUGUUUUGCGCUACUGGGUGGACCACCUUUGAAGGAUGUUGAGUGCCUUAAAGAAGUUAAAAAGCUGGAUAAACCAAGCCUCCUUGAUAAGAAACAUGCUGCAUUAUCUGCUUGUUUGCAACACAAAAGGCCAACUUCUGGUGUUGAGGCAGAUAUUGUGGAGUCAUUUGUCUUUGGUGCAGAAUCUUCACGGAAGCAGGAGGCAUCCACUGCCUCACCAAAAUCCUGUCCUUUUAGAAAAGGUGAUAGAGUAAAGUAUGUGGGUCCUUCACAACCAACAGAAGUUCCUAUGUGUCCAAGAGGUCCAAGUUAUGGUUAUCGUGGAAAAGUAAUCCUUCAUUUUGAAGAAAAUAUGUCGGCCAAGGUUGGAAUUAGAUUUGAUAAGCAUAUUCCUGAAGGUAACGACCUUGGUGGCCUUUGCGAAGAAGACCAUGGUUUCUUUUGUGCUGUGGACUCUCUUCGUCUAGAUACUUCUAUGCAGGAAGAUACAAGAAGACCUGGACUGAAUGAAUUAUUUGAGUUUGUAUCUGAAGAAUGUCAACAUGGGCCUUUAGUAGUGUUUUUUAAAGAGAUUGAGAAAUCCGUGGCUGGAACUUCGGAUUCAUACCUAGCAAUGAAGAGUAAGAUUGACUCUCUGCCAGCGGGUGUUCUUGUUGUCUGCUCUAGUAUCCAGAUGGACAACCGCAAAGAGAAGUCACACCCUGGUGGUCUUCUUUUUACAAAAUUUGGAGGCAACCAAACAGCAUUGGUCGAUUUUGCUUUGCCGGAUUGCUUUAGUAGGAUGCAUGAAAGAAGCAAAGAAAGUUCCAAGUCAAUGAAGCAACUUGCAAAGCUUUUUCCGAAUAAGAUUAUUAUCCAGCUACCUCAGGAUGAAGAGCAGAUUUUGGAUUGGAAAAAGAAGUUGGACAAUGAUGUUGAAACACUUAAUGCCAAGUCCAACAUUAUAAGCAUUCGUUCAUUCCUGAAUCGCAUUGGACUCGAGUGCAAUGAUCUUGAAAAGAUGUGCAUAAAAGAUCAGACACUUUCAAGUGAAAGUGUGGAUAAAAUAAUUGGUUUUGCUCUUAGUCACCACCUUAAGAACAACACGUUUGAAUCAUCUGAAAAGGAAACUAGCUUCAUUCUUUCAAGUGAAAGCAUUGAGUAUGGUCUUCGAAUGCUGCAAAACUUUCAAAGUGGUUCAAAGGGUGCAAAAAAAUCACUCAAGGAUGUGGUUACCGAGAAUGAAUUUGAGAAACGACUUCUCGCUGAUGUCAUUCCUCCUGAUGACAUUGGUGUCACAUUUGAUGAUAUAGGAGCCUUAGAAAAUGUCAAGGACACAUUGAAGGAGUUGGUGAUGCUUCCAUUGCAAAGGCCAGAAUUGUUCUGUAAGGGGCAAUUGACAAAGCCAUGUAAGGGGAUACUGCUCUUUGGUCCUCCUGGUACGGGGAAAACAAUGCUUGCUAAAGCUGUUGCUACUGAAGCAGGUGCAAACUUCAUAAAUGUAUCAAUGUCAAGCAUAAGUUCAAAGUGGUUUGGUGAAGGGGAGAAAUAUAUAAAAGCAGUCUUUUCGCUAGCAAGUAAGAUUGCUCCAUGCGUUGUUUUUGUGGAUGAGGUUGACAGCAUGUUGGGUAGGCGUGAAAAUCCAGGAGAACAUGAAGCCAUGCGGAAGAUGAAGAAUGAAUUUAUGGUAAACUGGGAUGGUUUACGCACGAAGGAUAAAGAACGUGUAUUGGUGCUAGCUGCAACCAAUAGGCCUUUUGACCUUGAUGAGGCUGUCAUAAGGAGGCUUCCACGAAGAUUAAUGGUAAACUUGCCAGACACAUCCAACAGAGAAAAGAUACUUAGGGUAAUAUUAACCAAAGAAGAGUUGGCACCAGAUGUCAAUAUGGAAGCUCUAUCAAGUAUAACUGAUGGUUAUUCAGGAAGUGAUCUGAAGAAUCUUUGUGUUGCUGCUGCACAUUGCACCAUUAGAGAAAUCCUGGAAAAGGAAAGGAAGGAGAGAGAUGCAGCAUUAGCAGAGGAUAGACCUUUACCAGUCUUGCAUGGUAGUGAUGAUAUCCGUCCUAUAAGCAUGGAUGACUUCAGAUAUGCACAUGAACAGGUUUGUGCUAGUGUUUCAUCUGAAUCCUCAAGCAUGAGUGAACUUCUCCAAUGGAAUGAGCUGUAUGGGGAAGGUGGUUCAAGGAAGAAAAAAGCACUCAGCUAUUUCAUGUAGUGGAUUUGUCUACCUUGUACAGCUCCUUGUUAAAGCUUCUGCAGAAAAUCUGAGAUCGGCAAUCAAUCGUUAUACCCUGCGCUUCUUCCAGGCAUGCAUCCGUUAUUUUUAAAUACUAAAUUUACUAUCAAAUUUAGGUUAAUUUUAAUUGUAGCAACCUACUUAAUGGAAUUUACUUCCAUGUAUAUACAAUACAAUCCCAUGAAAAGUGGAUUAACUUUUGGGACAAGGCCUUUUUUUUUUUCCAUGUAUUCUUCUCCUGUAAUCCAACCAGUAAAGCUUAUUAGAAUUUGCAAGAUGUCACAACUGUUGUUCUACCUGAAAGCUUUGUUUUCCUGCACUUGGCUCUUC